AUGUCGCACGGACACGCUGCCCGAUCAGAGUCCGAGAUCUGGCAGGAGCGACGGGAGGUGCAGGAACGGUGGAUGGGCCUGUUGCGGUACAUUCGCUGGUCGCUGCCCGAUCUCCUCGCAGAGGUCUCCCGAGACUUAGCCCAGGUCUCACCGGACAGUGCCGUCGAUCUACGGCAGGACUACUCGCUCUGGCUCUCACAGCAGGAGUCAUCAGACCAGAGCACAGCACCGAGGCGAUACUACCCUUUUGCACGCUAUCGCACUCACCGAUCCCUCGCUCGACCGGAAGAAGAGGAGAGCUAUUCACUCCCACUGUACACAUCUGCCAUCGACGGUGCUGCGAGAGCCAAAGCCAUGAGAACUUCAUCGACACUGACGCCAGAGGAUUUGGCUGCCCAGUUGGACUCACUCCCUCGCUCGAGAUGGUCCGACGGUAGGGUAGACAGAUCGACCGGACUGGCACAAAGUAGUCCCUUCACGGAUGCCAAUCACUAUUUGCGACCGACCAUAGCGGACAGCACAGCAGAUUGGCAAAGGAACACGGAAACAGAUCAAGCACUCGCACUACUCUUGCCACUCCUCAUCUUGCUCUCCUCGCUCCUCUUCUUGCUGCUUCUCUUCCUCAUCUUCUUGAUCGUCGCGAGGAGGAGAAGAGGUAUCGCUUUGCAAGACGACGAUGGCCCGCUCGAUGUAGGCCAGGAAGAAGAGCUCUCUGCCGAGGGCGGCUUCACGGGGGUCGAGCAACGCUGGCUCGAGAGCGUGGACGAUGGCGUCAAGACCGGAUAUUUCCGUGCCAAGGCCUGGCAAGCGCAAUAUCCGCCCAACUCCCAGCCGUCAGACAUCACGCUUUCCCAGUUCCUGUCGAUACAAGAAAAGGGGAUCAGUGCAUGGUGUUUCGAGCCCGAUUACGAAGCAAACUCGCCAUGCGUUGUUCAUUCGCGUACCGAGAUCACUUUUGAGCCAGACGGUCUGGGCAUGACCCCAGAGGAAGGCGGAGGUUGCUGCGUACAGUCCAAUCUGCCGCUUCCCAAGCUCAAUGAAGUCUAUUACUGGGAAUGCAAGCUGUUCGCAAAGCCGGCAGAUACGAUCAUCGCCGUCGGACUGUCGACGAAGCCUUAUCCUUGCUUUAGGCUUCCGGGCUGGAAUAAGUACUCGAUCGGCUACUUCUCCAAUGACGGCUUCAAAUGCCACAACCAGCCUUUCUCUUCGCAGUCAUACGGCCCGCCGCUGCUCGAAGGCGAUGUCAUCGGCAUUGGCUACAGACCUCGAACGGGCGCAGUCUUCUUUACGCGCAAUGGCAAGAAAUUAGAAGAUGCCUACAUCGGUCUCAACAGAUACAACUUGUUCCCUACUGUCGGUGCAGACGGGGCAGCUACGAUUCAUGUGAAUCUAGGCCAAGCUGGCUUCGUCUUCAUAGAAGCCAAUGUGAAGAAGUGGGGUCUGGCGCCUACGAUCGGCACACUAGCGCCGCCGCCUGCUUAUGGCAGCGAAAGAGGCAGCAUACUGCUCGAGGCAGGUCAACACGGUCAAAAUGUGACACCCACGCAGCUUGUGCCGCCAUCGAGGAUAUUCAACCCGCAGCAAAGCACUGAGCAGCCUUCGACGAGCAAUUCCAGCGUCGCCAUUCUUGCGCCCACUUCUCCUGCCAAUCCACAGCGUGAUCGACGACACCGACAGCGAUCUCAUCGGAGCCAGGGAUCCGAGCCCAAUUGGACUGCGCCGGUGCGACCUUCACCACUUCGUACGACACUUCGUCCCCCUUCGGCUUCAUCAGGGUCUUCGUCAAUCGAUAUACCGCUCGAUCAAGUCUCGCCAACAGGAUCAGGACUGAGUGCGAGCGAGCAAGAUAGCGAGGAAGAUUACCCACAGAACCCGCCGACGCCCAAUCGUCUCGAUAUCUCUCUGCAUGCUCUCGGUCCUCUUGGGAUGCGCGAAGCGGCGGAAGAGGCGCAGGAGCAAGUACGGGAUGGCAGUCGUGAUUCCUCAAGGCGGCAUCGACGAUCAAGGACAACAAGCCAACAGACACGGGAGAGUGACAGGCGAAGCAAUUCGCCCAGCCCGCCUUCAUAUCAUCCCAUUGACCAGAACAUGUAUCCAUCUGGCGUAGCCGAAGCAAUGCUAGAAGAUGCCUUUGGAUCGACCGGGGCGCCAGCCUCUCUCUCGGCUUACGAAUCCCGCAACACCAGCGCGCAAGCGCCGUCGACGAACUCUGAGGGCCGAGGAAUAUGGGGCAUGUUUAGCAACCGCUUCGCUCGACCCUUGUUGCCCCAGCCUGCGACUGCUUCUCCCAAUCAGAACCGGUUGUAG